AAGGCCACACAGUUGUUAGGAUGUGCUAAGAAGUGAUGUUCUUGUGUUGAAGAGAAAUGCUUUGAUUACACGUGUCACCAUCCGUCUUCUAUCUCGCCUUUGUCAACAUGACGCUGCUCAACUGUAUGAUGGCUUUAGGGACCCUGGGAAAAGCCAGAGAUUGUUAAAUAUCAUCUCCAGCACCAGAUUUUCACAAACCAGCUCUUCCUCGUUAGAUGCCAGAGAGAAGAAGCAGAACAGCCUUCAUUGCCUGAUCAUGGUGCAGUGAGGUCCAGGGGAGAAAGGGUUUACGUUUGUGCUCUUAUCUAUAGAAAGCUGCGAAGCUUCCUUCUUUAACAGCUACAUUCUUUAGCAGCGUCACCAUCUUAUCUCACACUGCAGCACAACAAGAACGCUGCUUAAAGACCCUCCACAGCUAUUUGUUCAAUCUCUACAUCCCUGCACGCAGCUUCUAGUAUUUCUUUCAGAAAAAAAACAUUUAUUAUGGAAUAUAAUGCACCAAAAAAGUUGACAUAAAACAUAGAGAUGGAGUAAGAGUGCAAAAUGGACAGGUUAUAUUUGUACGUGAAUAUGAGCCUGCAGACGAAGCAGCUGUGCAGAGGAUUUUUAUUGAAGGCCUGAUGGAGAUGGUACCAGACACUGCUUUUAGAGGUUUGAGACAUCACCCUGAGAGUCUCCUCCUCUAUGCUGCCAUGACGGGUAAGAAAACUUGAUAAAUUAUAGUUUUUUGUAGCUGCUUCUGCAUUUAUAGUCUGCAAGUGAGGAUGUGUCUUAUUUUUCCUUGUAUUGCUGUGUUUUAGAAUGUUUUGCUCAAGAUAGUUGUGCUUUUUUGUGUGUGUUUAGAAUUCCUUUACAUUCACACAUCACAUAAUAUCUUUCCUCUGGCAGUUCUAUGUUUUGCCCUCACCAUGUGUUGGUGGGUGAUAGGACUCCUCUCAGCAAUUGUGCUUGGUAUGCGCUACUUCUACAGCAGACGUGUGAUCCAGGGUUACCUGACGCAAGCAAUGAACACAGACAUGGGAGACAUCGAGGGGUUUUACAUGAAAUCCCCAGGCUCCCGUCUGUGGGUAGCAGUGCUGGACGACCAUGUGGUUGGUGUGGUAGCAGCAGUUGGCCAGCAGGGUUCAGGCGGUGCUGUCGAGCUGCAGCGGAUGUCUGUUGACAAGAGAUAUCGGCAGUGUGGAAUCGGUGUUGCUUUGGGACGUAAAGUUCUGGAGUUUGCUGUCGUCCAUGGAUACUCUUCAGUUGUCCUGGGAACCACAGCAUACUCACCAGCAGCUCACAAGCUCUACCAGCGCGUGGGAUUCUGCUGUGUGGGGGUCACCAACGGGUACGUCACACCAGGAGCAAAGCAGUCCUUACUGGAGCAAAUUUUCUACAGGGUCAGCCAUCAUCACUACAAGCUCAAUAUACAAAAUAGCAAAAGAGCAGACGACUGACAAGAAAACUCAAAUUGUCAUGUUGAUGCUGUCUUGUCAGCCACUGGAGAUGAUGUGUUUAAUGACUGUUCUGUCUUCAAGCUGGAGUGGUGUGAAGUCUGUCAGGAAGGUGUUCAGAAUUUCUGAUUUUGACAAAUGUUUUAUUACUAUGGUUCCUUAAUCUUUUUUUUUAUAUUUUUACCUGAACUUAACCAAACGCUAACUGCAGCAGCAGCAGAAGACAUUUGUAUAAAUAAUUUUUCUGAGUGCAUAUAAUCUUGUCAGUAAGGAACAUGAAAUUCAUGGAAAACAUGAACUUGUCUGUGUGACCCCAAACUUUUGAACGUAGUAUACACAUCUUCUCAUUCAGUGUUUUUUCAUUUAAUUAUUUUGUACAUUGUAGACUAAUACUGAAAACAUCACAAUUAUAAUACAUAUGGAUUUAUGUUGUAAAAAAAUAAUGUUAACCUUCAGUAUUAAUCUACAAUAUAAUACAAAUAAAUAAGAAGCAUUAUAUGAAAAGAUGUGUCCAGACUAAUAUAUAUAUAUAUAUAUAUAUAUAUAGACAUUUUACAUUGUUUCUUGAAUUCUUUUUUUAUUAUUUCUUUUGUACUCUGGCAAAACAAUUUCCUCUGGGAUUAAUAAAGUGGAUCUUAUUAUAAUUAUAAACCAGUAAAUUUUUGUAGCAUUGACUAAAAUCACCCACCAAAGGGUUUUCUUUCUGUUUGGGUUUUGGGAUUGGGAGAGUUUGGAGGACAGACCAGUGCCUUGUAGUUUUGUGUGAUAGCAUGUGUCGUCCUGCAGGGGGAGACAGCUGGUGCCUGAGAGGAUGUGUGUUAUUAUUGCAUUGGUACGACACAAUAAAUAAUACAAUUCUCUGUGUAUGCCUCUUCUAAUGCUGUGACUGAUCAGUGCAUGUCUAUGGUUAUACUGGCAGGUAUUAAAGGAGUAGUUCAACAGCUUGUCUACUAGCAGCUUAUAAUUUGUGUGUGCUUUUUCACUCGAUUCUUUCUCAUAAGAGAUCUCAGUUGCAAUAAGUUUGCCUCACAAAUAUUUAAAACUAUCCUAUCUGAGCUCCAAUUUCAUAUGUAAAGUCCAUGCAUUGCCCCUUUAAAUAAGUCGGUUCUGUCUGAUUUUUGACUCUGAAAUCCUGCAGGUCUGUUUAUUUUAUCAGUUCAUGAAUGAACUGAAACGUGUGUCAUUGUGUAUACACUGGAUUGGGUGUUCAUUUUUCUGUUGUAUUAUUCUCUGUCUGUGACCGUUGCUGACAUCUGAACUCAUCUUGAUAACGCAGCUGUUCUGGUGAGAUAAUGGAAGGGUGUAGCUGCUGUUUCCAGCUCUGUCUGGAGGAUCCUCUUUCUCUUAUUCCCUCUUGUAUUGGCUCACUCGACAGUAAGACAUGCCAUCGCCGUGUCUGCAUAAAAGUCACACUUUUACUGUGCUGUUGAUAGCGUUCUGAUAAGAAAACUGAUCUGUCUUUGAUGCUGAACUUUUUAACACUAAAUAAAGGACA